AAGAAAGGAGAAGAAUAUGACACAGAAGAAAGGAGCUAGGGUUUCCGAAGAUGCAGAGGAGCUCGCCCACGUUCCAUUGCAGGCCAUCCUCUUGGCCGACAGCUUUACUCAGAAGUUUCGCCCGAUUACACUCGAGCGUCCUAAGGUACUCUUACCACUGGUCAAUAUCCCAAUGAUUGAUUACUCCUUAGCAUGGCUUGAGUCUACAGGGGUCGAAGAAGUUUAUGUGUUCUGCUGUUCACAUUCCAAGCAAGUAAUAGAUUAUUUGGAGAAUUCUCAGUGGAUGUGUCAAAAAAACUUUUCAGUCACAACAAUAGAAUCACAUAACUCUGUUAGUGCUGGAGAUGCACUGCGAUUGAUUUACGAGCGAAAUGUGAUACAUGGAGAUUUUGUCCUUAUAAGUGGCGAUACAGUGAGCAACAUGUCCCUUACACAGGCACUUCAAGAACAUACGGAAAGAAGGAAAAAAGAUACUAACGCUGUAAUGACCAUGGUCAUAAAACAGUCAAAGCCUUCUCCAUUGACUCACCAAACUCGACUUGGUAAUGAUGAGUUGUAUAUGGCAAUUGAUCCUGAUACAAAACAGCUUCUAUAUUAUGAAGAUAAGGCCGAUCAUUUGAAGGGCUUCAUUUCUCUUGAUAAAACAUUGCUAGCAGAUAAACCCAGUGUUUUUCUGCACAAUGACAAGCAGGAUUGCUACAUUGAUAUCUGUUCUCCAGAAGUUCUUAKUCUUUUCACUGACAAUUUUGACUAUCAACAUCUUCGGCGUCAUUUUGUCAAAGGAUUGCUUCUUGAUGAUGUAGGGUUUGUUUGUUACUCUUUUUUUCUUUUCUAUUCUCCGAUGUGUCUCACUGUCUUUGAUGAGCUCCUGUCCAGACUUAGGCAGAUGGGUAUGAUGAAAGAAUACCAGGUAGAGUUUGAGAAGACAACAACUUGCAUCUCUAGUUGGUUUGAGAAAGCCCUAGUGGAGAGUUUUGUGGGGCUGUUAAUGGAGGGGAUCAGGUUGGAAGUUACGACUUGGAGGCCAAACACUGUCAUGGUAGCAACUGGCUUAGCUAGGCUGCAGGAGGAAAAGUUGAACCAGUCUAAGAAGUUCAUUUGGCCAGCUAGACCAAUACUUAAAAGCUCUGCCCAAUUAUCUUCUCCAGAGGUAAAGCAAUCACGUUCUGCACAAAUCGGUCCUUUUACAUUGGUUGGGAACAAUACCAGCAUUGGUGACAACUCUAAAAUCUCAAAUUCCGUUAUUGGUGAAGGAUGUAAUAUUGGAUCAAAUGUUUCCAUUGAAGGUUCCUAUAUUUGGAAUAAUGUGACCAUUCAAGAUGAUUGUAAGCUAAGGCAUGCAAUAGUUUGUGAUGGGGUAGUAUUAAAGACAGGAGCUGUUUUGGAACCUGGAGUGAUUUUAUCUUUCAAGAUUGUAAUUGGGCAACAAUGUGUUGUUCCUGCUUACUCAAAGGUAUCUCUACUUCCCCAACCAACAAAACAAGAUAGUGAUGAGGAGCUUGAGUAUGAUGCUGACAGUACUGGUGGAGUUGCAGAAAAUCCAUGUGCUUCUUUUUCGCAUCUUACAUUUUUAAGCAUUGUUUAUCAGGUUGGUGUUUCAGGAGCUGGUUAUAUUUGGUCAGUUUGUGAAGGUGGACAAGAAGAUGAAUGGAAGCAUUCAGUUGCACCCAUUCCUGCAGACAAACUUAYGGAGUUGAUGCAAUAUUCAAAUGAUGAUGUAGAUUUAUCAACUCAAGAUGGCAGUGUUCUUCCACCUUCAGGAGAGUUGAGGCCUGACUCUGACAUUGCUAAUUCUGAAGUUGAUGAUAAUGAAGAUUUUAAAGAUGAUUCUGUUUACUUUGAGAGAGAGGUUGAAGCAACAUUUUUAAGGGCUGUUCAUGAAAAUGUGAAACAAGACAAUGUGAUCCUAGAAGUGAAUUCACUUAGGUAUGUGUUAUACUCUUUCCUUAACAACUAUGCUAUCUCGCAGAUUGAAGUGAUAAUGAAAUUUGAGGAAAUGUGCUUGGAGUCUGCAAAAGAGUUCUCUCCGUUAUUUGCACAGAUUCUGCAUCUCCUUUAUGACAAAGACAUACUACAAGAAGAAGCUAUUCUCUCAUGGGCAUCUGAGAAAGAAGGGGCAGAUGAAUCAGAUAAAAUUUUUGUUAAGCAAGCAGAAACAUUUAUUCAGUGGCUGAAAGAGGCACCUGAAGAAGAUGAUUGAUGAUGCAACCAAACUUACGCAGAGAUG